UAUUCGUAUGUUUGGCUCCUGCUACUUGUUUCGCUUUGACAUGCCACCAAACCAAUUGUGAAAAGUUUGAUUAUGGUAUAUGCUCUAACAGCGAAUCAACUUAACUUUGAUUUCUGAAACUUGAUUAUGGUUUAUGCCUCUUUCACUUUGAAAAAUGUACAACACAACAAAUCUAUGCUCUAUAUUUAGAGUUGCAAUUUCAAGGUCCAAAUUCAUGCACACUGCAACAAACAUCUGCAACAAUGUUAUAUCAAAAUCACAUUUUUCGCCCCAAGGAACUCAAGAUUCUCUCACAACCCAAUUGGAAUCUAUGUUCCAGGCUUGUUCAGAUGCUUCUAUGCUUCAACAAGUUAGACAGGUUCAUACUCAGGUCAUUGUUGGUGGCAUGAGUGAUAUUUGCACACUGAGUUCAAAUAUUUUGGGACUGUAUGUUCUUUGUGGUAGGAUCAAGGAUGCUGGAAACUUGUUUUUCAGGCUUGAAUUGUGCUAUGCUCUUCCUUGGAAUAAGAUGAUAAGAGGGUUUUUCAUGUUGGGGUGGUUUGAUUUUGCCUUGUUGUUUUACUUCAAGAUGUUGGGUAGUCAAGUUUCACCUGACAAAUACACAUUCCCUUAUGUGAUUAAAGCUUGUGGAGGUUUGAAAAAUGUGUCGUUGUGUAUGGUGGUUCAUAAUAUGAUUCGGUACAUGGGGUUUCAUAUGGACUUGUUUGUUGGUAGUGCUUUGAUCAAGUUGUAUGCAGAUAAUGGUUAUAUUAAUGAUGCAAGGCUUGUGUUUGAUGAAUUGCCUCAGAGAGACAACAUUUUGUGGAAUGUCAUGCUCAACGGUUACGUGAAAUGUGGAGAUUUUUACAAUACAAUAGAGACUUUUCGUGAAAUGAGAACCUCUUUCUGUAAGCCUAGUUCGGUGACGUAUACUUGUGUUUUGUCUAUGUGUGCUACGAGAGGGAAAUUUUGUGUUGGUACUCAGCUUCAUGGUCUUGUUAUUGGUAGUGGGUUUGAGUUUGAUUCGCAAGUGGCAAACACGCUAGUUGCCAUGUAUUCGAAAUGUGGGAACCUUUUUGAUGCUCGCAAGUUAUUUAAUAUAAUGCCACAAACCGAUACAGUGACAUGGAAUGGAUUGAUUGCUGGAUAUGUACAAAAUGGAUUUACAGAUGAGGCUGCACCUUUGUUUAAUGCAAUGAUCUCUGUUGGUGUCAAACCAGAUUCGGUCACUUUUGCAAGUUUCCUUCCUUCUAUCCUUAAAUCUGGGAGUCUCAAACAUUGUAAGGAAGUUCAUAGUUACAUAGUGCGACAUAGGAUACCUUUUGAUGUCUAUUUGAAGAGUGCUCUGAUUGACAUAUACUUCAAGGGUGGAGAUGUGAAGAUGGCACGCAAGAUUUUCCAGCAAAAUACUUUGGUUGAUGUUGCAGUUUGCACAGCUAUGAUCUCAGGUUAUGUACUUAAUGGGCUGAAUAUUGAUGCUAUAAACAUUUUUAGGUGGUUAAUUCAAGAGGGAAUGGUGCCUAACUCCCUAACAAUGGCUAGUGUUUUGCCAGCUUGUGCUGCUUUGGCAGCUCUGAAAUUAGGGAAGGAAUUGCAUUGUGAUAUUCUAAAGAAACAACUGGGCAGUGUAGUUAAUGUGGGAUCUGCCAUCACAGAUAUGUAUGCAAAAUGUGGAAGACUGGAUCUUGCUUAUGAAUUUUUCAAAAGAAUGUCCGAAAGAGAUAGUGUUUGUUGGAACUCAAUGAUUUCAAGCUUCUCACAAAAUGGGAAACCAGAAAUGGCCAUUGAUCUUUUUCAUCAAAUGGGAAUGAGUGGAGCCAAGUUUGAUUCCGUGAGCCUAUCAUCUGCUCUCUCUGCUGCUGCCAAUUCAUCAGCACUCUAUUAUGGGAAAGAGAUGCAUGGCUAUGUAAUAAGAAAUGCAUUUUCUUGUGACACCUUUGUUGCAAGUGCACUGAUAGAUAUGUACUCUAAAUGUGGAAAAUUAGCUUUGGCUCGGUGUGUGUUUGACUUGAUGGAUGGGAAGAAUGAAGUUUCAUGGAACAGCAUCAUUGCUGCCUAUGGAAACCAUGGUUACCCUAGAGAAUGCCUUGAUUUAUUCCAUGAGAUGUUGGGAGCUAGGAUUCGCCCCGAUCAUGUUACUUUUCUUGUUAUAAUAUCUGCUUGUGGCCAUGCAGGCCUAGUUGAUGAAGGCACACACUAUUUUCGUUGCAUGACUGGAGAAUAUGGGAUUUGUGCUAGGAUGGAGCACUAUGCAUCCAUGGUAGAUUUGUAUGGUCGUGCUGGUCGUUUGCAUGAAGCAUUUGAUACCAUAAAGAGCAUGCCAUUCACUCCAGAUGCAGGUGUUUGGGGGACACUACUAGGAGCCUGUCGGCUUCAUGGCAAUGUCGAGUUGGCUAAACUAGCUUCAACACAUCUUCUUGAAUUGGACCCAAAAAAUUCUGGAUACUAUGUAUUGCUUUCAAAUGUACAUGCUGAUGCUGGUGAAUGGGCAAGUGUUCUUAAGGUAAGAAGUUUAAUGAAGGAAAACAGAGUCCAGAAAAUACCUGGAUACAGCUGGAUUGAUGUCAAUGGUGGAACCCAUAUGUUUUGUGCUGCUGAUGGAAAUCACCCGGAAUCUGUUGAGAUCUAUUUGAUUCUGAAGAGUCUCCUUCUUGAGUUGAGAAAACAGGGUUAUGUUCCUCAACCUUACCUUCCACUACACCCUCAAAUCAUGGGCAAGAAUUGAGUGGAGAAAUAUUGAUUUCUUUCAUAUUCUCAGCAACAAUCAUGAAAAAUAUUUCUUGAUGCAACCCAUAUCAUUGUGAAAUAACUUCUAUCCGAACUAAUAGAUUUCAGGAUUUCUUCAAUCUUCAGUAGUACGUUACCGCCUGUACAAUUGGAAAUUGAUCUCUUUCCAAUGAGUUGGUUACAUCAAAAUCAUCCAUGAUUCUAAGGAAAAGCAAAAGAACAGGUUCUUCAAUGGUCAUAUGCAUUAACUUAUUAAUCUUGCAAGUAUUGGAGGCUUAGUUGAUAUGGUCCAUUCCAAGUGAUUCCAAAUAUCACAGGUUGAAUGACACAAUCAGGCAAACGAAGUAGCUGAAGGAAUUGCAGGUCAACAAGACAGAAACUUAACAUUCUUUAGAAAAAGUCAGAAAUGCAUUACUGUGUCCGGAGUUUAAGCGUUCUUAAGUGUGUCUGUGCUCUUCCUCUGUUUUUGCUUCUUCUAUCUUCGAAGAGUUCUCUUCCGCGCCUCUUUCAUCUGUUUUUUCUUUCUUCGAAGUUCAAAUGGCCUUCCAGAAACAACAUUAAGACAACAUAAAGAAGCCGAAGAACAUGGACAAGUGUCAUUGUUGCCGCGAUAGCUUUUGGAAUGGGUAUUAACAAAUCAAAAAUGUCAGAAGAAUCAUCCACUAUGGUUGGCCACAAGUUUGUUUUUCAAGUACAUUUCUCCUGCAUUAUUAAUUAUAGAGUUGAAGAAAUCUUAAAUAAUUGGAAGCCUACUAUCAAGGAGCUGGACGGGCCGGUCAAGAUGGGAAAUCAGCAGAUUGCAAUAAGUUUAACUAUACUAGAAUAUAAUUUUUACUUUGUGAUGCACUUUUCCUUUGUUCUUCUCUCAGCUUUUUGGUUAGAUUUUAAACUUAUAUUACUCCCUUGAUUCACACAAGUAGUAUGUUGCUUAUUGUUCGUGUUACUUUUGCUUAGUCGGAAAAGUCAAGAGCCAGAUGAAAGAAGCAUAUAUCAUGUCUGAUUGUUUCAGAUUUGCUUUUAUAAAUACAUUUGUCUAUUUUCUAUUUUAUUUAUGAGUUAAUCAUCUGCUAGUGUAAAGUUUUUUACAC